CCACUUCUCAUUAAAAAAACGAAAGGGCAAGUUGAAAUAACAAUGACUAACCGUAAUAUUCCAGAACUUCGUCUACCCAUUCAACAACAACUUUUUUACACUACAACUGAAGAUCCAUCAGUUGAUGAAACAAAUAAUCAAUUCAGUAGUUUGAAUUUCUUUUCUAUAAACCAACCGCAAAUUCAAGUGCAUGGGGCUCCAUUAGAAAAUGCUAAUUUCGUCAAAGAAAGUAAUUUGAAGAAAUAUCAACCGAAUUAUCAACAGAAUUUUCAACAGAAUUUUCUUUCUCCCAUUUCUCCUUAUGACGUUAAUUCUAAUUAUGCGCUAACAUCUGGAGAUGAUAAAGAAUAUUAUUCUGAUCCACAGUCACCAUUUAAUGCUGCAAUAUCAGAUGAUGAUAACGGUUAUUUCUCAGAUUCGCAAUUGAUUACCUCGUUUCAUUCUCCAGUGCCGGCCUCUCUAAUAUCAAACGAAGUAGCUUUAUCUCAAUGGCUUCAGUGCACGCCGGUGGUUUCUCCGUUGUCAAGAAGCUGUGAUAGUGAAUACAGCAUACAUUCUCAAAUGACUGAUGGUUAUUCAUCUGACUUAAGCGCUUCACCUCAACCGCAAUAUUAUGUUCCUGGUAUCAACACAAAUGAUUAUUUUGCACAUGGUUCUCAACCGUUACAUGGUCAACGAAAGCAUAAAAAUGUUACAACUGCUUGUCAAAAUUGUAAAACUUCUCAUGCAAAAUGUGAGACUCAACGUCCUUGUAGAAGAUGCAAAGAAAAAGGUUUUCAGUGUGGUAGUUCUAGCCCUUCUACACCUGAGCCAACAUCACCUGUUUCUCCUAUGUCACCGUCACCCCAAGGCACUAUGCAAAGGCCGUUUUAA